GAUGGGAGGAGGAAAACCUCCCGCCGUCCCUUUAACAGCCAGCGGCGCUGCUCGGAGUUCAGGCCGGGGUCAGGGGGAGUUCGCAGCCCGGGUUUCACCUCCGAGCUGGCGGCGUCGGGAACCCCGAGGAACCGCUGCUGCUUCUUCCAUCACCUUCUCCUCUUCCUCCUCCUCUUCUUCCUCCUCCCGUUCCGUAGGACCGGCCGGGAGCGCGGGGUAUGGAGGAGCAGCAGCAGCAAAGGAGGAGGAGGGUGGAGGGGAACAGCAACCGGCGGCGGCCCCCCCGGGGCUGAGCCAUGAGAGUUCACCGAGACCUCGGCUGGCUGGCGGAGGCCACCGGGCGCCCAGGGCGGCGGGCGAGGAGCGGGAUGCUGGACGCCAUGGAGGUGCCGAGCCACUCGCGGCAGCUGCUGCUGCAGCUGAACACGCAGCGCACCAAGGGCUUCCUGUGCGACGUGAUCAUCGUGGUGCAGAACGCGCUCUUCCGCGCACACAAGAACAUCCUGGCGGCCAGCAGCGCCUACCUCAAGUCGCUGGUGGUGCAUGACAACCUGCUCAACCUGGACCACGAGAUGGUGAGCCCCGGCAUCUUUCGGCUCAUCCUCGACUUCAUCUACACUGGCCGCCUGGCCGAGUGUGAGCCGGGCGGCGAGCAGAGCCUGGGCGCUGUGCUGGCCGCCGCCAGCUACCUCCAGAUCCCCGGCUUGGUGGCCCUUUGCAAGAAGAAGCUGAAACGUAGUGGCAAGUACUGCCACCUGCGCGGGGGCUACGCGCCCUACAAACUGGGACGGGGACUGCGUGCCACCACGCCGGUCAUCCAGGCCUGCUACUCGGGGACGCCGCGGCCCGUGGACCUGCCACCCGUGGAGCCAGUGGCACCGCUCAACACACAAUGCGGGGAGCUGUACGCCUCAGCCGCGCAGGGAGCCCCGCUGCACCCCCAUGGGCUGUGCCCCCCUGAACGCCACUGCUCACCGCCCUGCGGCCUCGACCUCUCCAAGAAGAGCCCCACCGGCCCCUCCGCCCAACUCCUGCCCACCGACCGCCUGCUGCCCGGCGAGCCCCGCGAGCCCUCGCUGCCCCCGCGGCACGACAGCCCCCCGGUCAGCGCUGGCCUCUUGGCCAGUCACGCUGCCGCCUACAAGGACUCCCCGCCGGGCGGCGAGCCGGGGGGGCACCCCCAUGCCCCCGACCCCUUCCGCAGCACACCGCCCUGCGCCGAGCCCCCGCUGCCCCGCGCUGACGGACGCGAGCUGAUGUACCGCUGGAUGAAGCAUGAGCCCCUGGGCCCCUACCUGGAUGAGGGGGAGGCGGAGAAGGAGCUGGAGCGGGAGGAAAAGGCCGAGUCGCCGCCUGCGGCACCGCAGCCCCGCUACCCCAGCGUGGAGAGCAACGACCUGGAGCCUGAUAACAGCACGAGCGAGGAGACGGGCAGCAGUGAGGGUCCCUCGCCUGGUGAUGCAUUGGACCGCUACUGCAAUCACCUGGGCUACGAGCCGGAGAGCCUGGGCGACAACCUGUACGUCUGCAUCCCCUGCGGCAAGGGCUUCCCCAGCUCUGAGCAGCUCAACGCCCAUGUGGAGGCCCACAACGAAGAGGAGCUCUAUCACAAGGCUGCGGCCGAGCAGGCUGUGCCCUUCCUGGACAAGGGUGGCCCGGGGCUGGGUGACAUCCUGCGGCCCUACCGCUGCUCCUCCUGCGACAAGUCCUACAAGGACCCAGCCACGCUGCGGCAGCAUGAGAAGACGCACUGGUUGACGCGCCCCUACCCCUGCACCAUCUGCGGCAAGAAGUUCACGCAACGCGGCACCAUGACCCGCCACAUGCGCAGCCACCUCGGCCUCAAGCCCUUCGCCUGCGACGCCUGUGGGAUGCGUUUCACCCGCCAGUACCGCCUGACCGAGCACAUGCGCAUCCACUCGGGCGAGAAGCCCUACGAGUGCCAGGUGUGCGGCGGGAAGUUCGCUCAGCAGCGCAACCUCAUCAGCCACAUGAAGAUGCAUGCGGCCGGCCCCGAUGGCAAAGCCAAGCUGGACUUCCCCGACAGCGUCUACGCCAUGGCCCGCCUCACUGCCGACCAGCUGGGGCUCAAGCAGGAGAAGGCGGCCGAGCUGCUCUCCCACACCUCGCACUUCCUCAGCGACCCCAAGGCCAUGGAGAGCCUCUACCCACUGGCCAAGUUCACGGCCGAGCACCUGGGGCUGAGCCAGGACAAGGCGGCCGAGGUGCUGGUGCAGGCUCCACACCUCCAUGCCGAGGCCGCCCGGACCAUAGAGCGAUACUCGCCCCCCUAGCGCCGGCCUGGCCGGGGGGUGUGGGGGCCGCUGGACUCCCCUCGCUGCCCCGUGUGGAGCUGGGGGGGGCGAGAGGCGGUGGGUGCUCGCCCCCCAGCGCUGCUGAUGGCCCUGGAGAACUCGCUCGUAGCGGAAGGUCCCAUGAGAGCUGCCCCGGGACGGCUGGACGACACAUCCCGUGACGAGCACCCCGGCCUGUCCAGGAGAAGCCGACAAUUCAGGGACUGACCUCGCGGCGUGGUCCCCUCUCACUGCGGGGGGCUGCUGGGCCCCCAGCACCGGGCUGGGAGCGAAGCACAAGCUGUGAGGCCGGGCUGCGCCCCGAGGCUUUGGAGGACAUGAGCCCGCUCCUUACCUCAGGGCUGACCCCGGGCGGGGGGACGCCCUCGGCACUGCCAGCAUCGCCACGGCCCCACGCUGGGACCCGCCGGUGCUCGGCUCUGCCGCGACGGGACCGGACUGUGCCGCCCCGACUGCCGAGGGCCCGUGAGUAUGUUCGUCCGCCAUGCCCGGAGCGACGGCUCCAAGCUGCCGUCCAAGCGGGAGCGGUGAGCGCGGCCAUGCCGGGUUGGGGGGGUGGGUGCUCCGGCCAAACACCCUCCCGGGGCCAUGCUGGGAGCUCAGGACAGACUGACAGAGGGGGCCGGGAGGGUCUGAGCAGCAGGCGCAGGGCAAGGGGACGGCGGUUGGGUCCGGGCUGGGGAAUCACGAUGCUCCUCGCCCGGGAGCAAGCACUGACCCCAGGGCUGAACCCCGUGGCUCGGCCCCUGGCACCUCGUACUUUUGGGAGCUGGGGCAGGGCCUGUCACAGACUGAGCCCCUGGGCCCUGCUCCAGCAGGCACCUCACCAUCAGGGAUGCCUGGGAGGGGCCUGGGGGGACCCCAAGUACCCGGUGGCUUCACCCUCAGGCAGCCACUCGCCUUGACGAUUUUUAUUUUAAUUUUUAUUUUUUUUUGCCAAAGAUGCCCGUCCCCAGCGCGGCCAGGCCGGGCCGGGGCGGUCGUGACAAAGACAAAGCAGUCAGGUUUGUCAGCUACAAGGGGUGGGCAGGGGCUGCGGGAGAGGGGUCAGAGCUGAGGGCGACACGGGGCUGUCCCAGGCUGGGCUGUGGUGACCCAGGGCCAAACCCCACUCUGGGGCAUCCCCUGCCACCACUGUCCCCCCCUCUCCUGCUUUCUGCUUGGUGUGGUGAACCUCCCCUGGCCUGGACCCCCCCAGCCCGUGCCCUGACCCCUCCACCUGGGGCUAAUGUGAAGCUUCUCCCUUCCCGCGCCCCCUCCUCUCCUUUGCACAUGAGGCCCUGGGGUGGCCACCAGCAGUGACUGUCCCCAGCCUCGCAGCCACCGUGCCUUAGCCUGAGCUGGGGGAGUCCCCCUCGCCCCCCUGGGCACCCCAGGGCUGGCAGGGUCCCUCUGGAGCUGCCGUGGGGCAAGCGGCAGCGGCAGCACCCAAAGCACAGCUGGCAGUGCCCAACAGGGCCACCGGCCCCCCUGUAUCACGUCCGAUUUGUACACGGGCUCCUCGCCCUUUAUUUUUUUCUAUAGUCGAAACCGAACGAGCAAUAAAGUGACAUUAACACA